AGUCUAUGGUAGGUAGUGAUUCGGCGGUCGGUCACAUAACUUUUUAGGUGUGCUCGAUUGUUUUAGAAAACAUGUUAAAAAAUUACGUUCCUAAGCAUGUGGUGGCUAUGGUCAUUUAUAUACCCUUAGUUGCUUUCUAUAUUUACUCAAUAAUGUUUAGGAGGGGUUUAAGACUAUUGGGGAAGACCGACCCAGCUUUUCAAGUUACUGAAGAGGUGCGCGCAUUAGCCAAAUUCGGUCCGUUCUUUUUUACGUCAUGGAAUUUUGGUCUGCAAAUAGUUUUUAUGAGCGUUGCGAUUUUGGACGCACUUGCAAUGUUGUUAAACCUUCCAGUGACCAUGCAAAAAUUCCUGGGUCGUACCAGAAGUGGCAUGUUUAAUGGUCUGGUUGUUCCUGCUACAUUGUUGGUCUCUUCUAUAUUUUGGUUUUUGUAUAAUUACGAAAGAAAAUUGAUAUAUCCAGAUUCCGUUGAGAAGGUGCUGCCAUCUUGGUUAAAUCAUACCCUGCACACUCUAAUCGUGUUGCCUGUUUUAAUCGAAUUUUUGCUGCCAAAACAGUAUAAUUUUGUUAAAUUUAGUCAUGCUUUUAAGUUGUUAACAACAUACUUGAUAGUAUACGAAAUUGGGUUUUACUACAUCUAUUUUACAGAAAACAUAUUUUUAUAUCCAAUCUUCACCAGGCUAAACUGGACUAUGCGUUUCGUUUUUUCAAUGCUUGUGUAUGGACUUGGGUGCUUUUACACUGCGCUUGGUAUUUUAAUCCAAGGAUGGAAAAAAUCAAGUGACAACAAGAGAAGGAAAAAAUUACCUUAACUUAGCAAUUGUAUUAUAUAUUUUUUUAUUAAAUAUUAGUUAUUAUUUA